CUUUGCAUUUGUCGGAAACAUCGCCGGAAAAAAUGGGUUACGGGAAGCACAAUCGAUCCAGAGGAGGCAAUUCGAAUCGUGGUCAAACUAGUCGGACUGAUAAUCUUGGAAGGGAAGAUGAAUCGCUUCCUCUUGAUCAAGAACCUGAGGAUGAAGCACCAGGUCCAAAAGUUCAAUUGGCAAUGUGGGAUUUUGGUCAAUGUGAUGCAAAGAGGUGCACAGGUCGUAAGCUUGCUAGAUUUAACUUGUUAAAAGAAUUGCGGGUUAACUCUGGCUUUGGAGGAGUUGUUUUAAGUCCAGUUGGUAGACAAUGUGUUUCAAGGGAAGACUAUGAUCUGAUUAAAAGGAAAGGAUUAGCUGUUGUUGAUUGUUCUUGGGCACGUCUAACUGAUGUCCCGUUUGCUAAGCUGCGUUGUACUGCUCCUCGUCUCUUACCAUGGUUAGUAGCAGCUAAUCCAGUAAAUUAUGGAAAGCCAUGUGAGCUAUCUUGUGUGGAGGCUUUAUCUGCCGCUUUAAUACUAUGUGGGGAGAAGGAAACUGCAGAACUUUUGCUAGGAAAAUUCAAAUGGGGUCAUGCUUUUUUAUCUCUUAACAAGGAUAUUUUAAAGGAGUACUCGAAAUGUGAGAAUAGCGCUGAGAUCAUCUCAGUUCAAAAUUCUUGGCUUACUCAGCAAACUCAGAUCCCAAAACAACCACCUGCCCUCCAAGAACAUGUUAAGAAAGAUGGUGAAUCUGGUGAUGAAUCAGAGGAUGAUGAUGAUGAUGAUGAUCUCCCUCCUCUAGAGAGGAACAUGAACCAUAUCAAAUUGGAAGACAGUGAGGAAGAAGACAGCGACUCUAGGGAUCGAUUUCGGCGUCAAAACGUCGUCGUUUUUGGCUAUCUCCUUACUACUCAUCUGCUUCUGCCUUCUAGGGUUCUUUUUUCUCCGUUCACCCUCCGCCGCACAAGUAGUCCAGCUCCUCCGCCGGAUUCUUCUGGUUUUGUGAGUUUUGGUGGGAUGAGUAGUGUGUUCAGUGAACAGAUCCUGAUUGAUAAGCUCGCUAAGCUCAAUAGCACUCAACAGUGCAUCGAAACUCUGUCACAUUGGUGUAUAUUCAAUCGGACCAAAGCUGAAUUGAUUGUUACGACAUGGGAGAAACAGUUUCACAGUACAGAGAUGGCUCAGAAAGUCCCUCUUAUGUAUUUGGCUAAUGAUAUUCUUCAGAACAGUAAGCGUCAGGGUAAUGAGUUCGUGCAAGAGUUCUGGAAUGUUCUUCCUAAGGCUGUUAAAGACAUUGUUUCUCAAGGAGAUGAUUAUGGCAAAAGCGUUGUCUCACGUUUGGUCAAUAUAUGGGAAGAAAGAAGAGUGUUUGGAUCCCGUUCAAAGAGUCUCAAAGAUGUAAUGCUUGGAGAAGAUGUUCCCCUGCCACUUGAUAUCAGCAAAAAGCGGUCUCGCGGAUCCAGAUCUGGAAAACGGGAUUCAAAAUCGUCUAGAACGAAAUUAUCAUCAAGUGGAGGUGUAGCUGAGAAGAUAGCAUCCGCAUAUCAUUUGGUUGUUGCAGAAAACUCAAAUGAAGAAGCUGAGAUGAAUAAAUGUAAGUCUGCAGUUAAACGAAUCAGGAAGAUGGAGAAAGAUGUUGAAGAAGCCUGCUCUACUGCAAAAGACAACCCGAAGAGAAAAUCCUUGGCGAAAGAAUUGGAAGAAGAAGAAUACCUUUUGAGACAAUGUAUUGAGAAACUUAAAUCUGUCCAAGGAAGUAGAACUUCCCUUGUGAACCAGCUUAAAGAUGCAUUACGCGAACAGGAAUCCGAACUGGACAAUCUUAAAGCUCAGAUUCAGGUCGCACUAGAACAAACAGAGGAAGCCCAAAACAUGCAGAAACGGCUUAAUGAUGAGGAUUACGCAUCAAAACCAACAGCUGCUGCCACUACGAUAACCGAGACAAAUGACAACACAAAAUCUGGUCAAGCAUCAAAAAUGACGCCUGCAUCUAUUGCUGCGAUGCUCACAGCAUCAACCUCAUCACACAUGAUAAUGCAAUCUGUUCUAUCUUCAUUCGCAGCUGAAGCAACAAAGACUUCUGGUCUAUCCAAAUCAGAGAGCACAAUUCCAGUUUCAGAUACUAAUGCUUCGUUCCCUUCUUACAACAACUCCCAGAAUCAGACACCUACCACACAAGGUCAGUACCAUGUAAUACCUAAUCCACCACCACCACAAUUCCUAAAACCACCGGUAAUGAACAACCCUUACGGCUUUGGCAACAUUCCAUUAAUGCCACCUGGACUUCCGCCGCCACCACCACCACCACAUUUGAUAGGUAAUCAACAGCCUCAAAUUCCUCAGUCGAACUCAGCUCAGCAAUCUCAACAAGGUCCAACUUUCCAGCCACCGGGGAUAAUGUAUUACGGAGCUCCACACCAUUCUUAAAAUUAGAAAUGAUGUUAGUUAAUAGCUUUUAGAUAGUUCUGACCCUUUUUCUUAUGUGGUUUCGAUGUUAUAUUGUUGGGUCAAAUCAAAGUAGAACUACUGUUCCUCUGGUUGUAGAAUCCUCACCUUUUCCCGUUACAGAUAAUUGUACCACAAGGUUUUACAACAUAAUGUAAUAAUUUUCUCCUGUUUAC